AUGGCCGACCCGCGGCUGUAUCCCACGGGGUCCGGGUCCGACGACCGCCGCGACGCCGCCUACCCCGGCUCCGAGCGUCGCCUCUACAACCCGUACCAGGACCUCAACCUCCCCUACCGGCAGCUCUACGACCUUCCCACCUCCCCGGAGUUCCUUUUCCAGGAGGAGGCCGUCGCGCAGCGCCGUUCCUGGGGCGAGAACCUCACCUACUACACGGGCGUCGGCUACCUCGGCGGCGCCGUGGCCGGGGCCGCGCUGGGGCUCCGCGACGCCGCCCGCGGCGCCGAGCCCGGGGAGCCCGCCAAGAUCCGGGCCAACCGCGUCCUCAACUCCUGCGGCAGCUCGGGGCGCCGCGUCGGCAACACGCUCGGGGUCAUCGGCCUCAUGUACGCCGGGAUCGAGAGCGCCAUGGUCGCCGCACGCGACCGCGACGACUGGAUCAACAGCGUCGUGGCCGGGCUCGGCACCGGCGCGCUUUUCCGCGCCGCUAACGGGCCGCGCUCGGCAGUCGUCGCCGGGGCUGUCGGUGGGGUUCUUGCUGGCGCCGCCGCGGCUGCCAAGCAGGUUGGGAAGAGAUACGUCCCCGCCCUCUGA